CGGCAGUAGGUGAUCUUAUCCCUGUACGGAAUACUUGGUUGUGACCAUGAGCUAACAACGAUCUACCCCAGUCCGCAUGCUGGGUCAAGCCAUCGGGCCCGUCAUCGGCGGUAUCGUCACCCAGUUCUUCGGUUUCCAAGCCAUCUUCUGGCUUCUCUUCAUCCUCGGCUCCGUUGCUCUGGCCCUGAUCAUACUGUUUCUCCCCGAAACCCUCCGUCGCAUCGCCGGGAACGGAAGCGUGCCACUCGACGGACUGAACCGCCCUAUCGUCUACCAACCCCUGAAACAGUAUUGGGAGGACCGACCACACCCCGAGCACGAUUCAGAAGAAGACCCCCCGAGAGUCACGCUCGCAUCCAUCCUCUCCCCACUCCGGUUCCUUUUCGAAAAGGACGUCUUUUGCACCCUCCUCUUCGGCGCCGUCGUCUACACCAUCUGGAGCACCGUCACCUCGUCCACGACCGCCCUCUUCCAGCCGCGCUACGGCCUCAGCGACCUCGAAGUGGGCCUCGCCUUCCUGCCCAACGGCGCCGGCUGCAUCGCCGGCUCCUGCAUCACCGGCCGGAUCCUGGACCGGGACUACAGCAUCAUCGAGGCGCAAUACCGCCUGGCCAGGGGGCUGCCGGCGGACGCGGCGAUCAACGGCAAGAAGACGGGCGACUUCCCCGUGUCGCGGGCGCGGCUGCGGUCGGCGUGGUACCAGGUCGUGCUGUUCGUGCUCGCCGUCGGCGGCUACGGCUUCGCCGUCACCAGCCCGCUCCUGGCGUCGGUCCGGGGCAUGGCGCUGCCCCUGUUCCUGCAGUUCGUCAUCGCUUUUACUGCGACAGGGCUCUUCACCCAGAACAGCGCGCUCAUGGUCGACUUGUACCCCGGAGCCAGCGCCAGCGCGACUGCGGUGAAUAAUCUCAUCCGCUGCGCCCUGGGUGCGGCGGGGGUGGCGGCGGUGCAGUUCAUCAUUGAUGGGAUUGGGGAGGUGGCCACAUUCCUCAUGUUUGCUGGUUUGACGGUCGUGCUGACUCCAUUGUUGUGGCUUGUGUGGGUGUAUGGGGAUCAAUGGCGGAUGGCGAGGGCAGAGAGGCUCGCCCAGGAGGAGAGGGAGGCGAAAUGUGUCGAUGGGGGAGAGACCGGGAAAGAUGGUGGGAUGAGGUGACGGUUCGGGCCUUGAUAGCAACAGGGUGGCGUGUUUCUGCUUUUAAUACAUGAGAUGAUGUCAUGGGAAUCGGUUUCAGACACACCAGACCAAGCGUACCACCAUUGACGUGC